AUGUUGAGUGUUGAAGCGAUGCAGCUUGCCCGUCUCCUAAACCUUCACCGGAUUUCCGAUUACGAGGGUCUUAACUGUAUUGAGACCCAACUACGGAAAAAGGGGUUCUGGUUGAUAUUUUAUAGUUUUGUCCAUGCACAUCUGCAGAAUUUGCUCGGUGAGCGACUCACUUACUUGGAUCCUGCUUUGCUCCAUUCCAUCAACCCAGAGGAUCUCAUGCCACUCGGAGUAGAUGAUGAAUUUAUUUCCGAAUACGAAGUGGUUACCGACGCCAGUACCCAGCCAUGCUUAGUAACAGGGUUCAUUUUCCACUCACGCGUGUUUUGGGCUGCUAUCAGAAGCCCCUGUCCAACUCAAGAGGAUUUGUGCCCCUGCGUUAGAUCCAAGGACCAACGGGCCCAGGUGUCGUACUUCCAAGAGCGCCUGAAUUGCCUCCAGAAUCUGCUCACCGACAUUCCCCCGUUCCUCCUACCAUGGGAGUCUACCGGAGAAAACUUCAAUACGAAUGCGACUGAUGAAAAGGCAAAAAUAAUUGGAUCGCAAAUGGCAUCACUACGAGCAAACUUGCAUGUCACUCAUCUGUGGCUGCAGAGUCUCAUCUUGGAUCAGUUGGAAGCUGCGCAGUCUCAUCAACGUAGCCAGCCUUCGGUGACGAGUCUAGAUCAGCCGUCCACGGCGUUGGAUCAACGAUUGCUCUGGAUAGAGAGAGAAAAGCUUUGCCGUCAAAUGUUUUUCAUUUUGUUCAACUUUCCGCGUAUAAGCCUGGAGGCGAAUGGUUUGCAUCUAGCUAACAAAGUGCGCGAUAUCGCGGCGAGUCUUCUGGCCUGUCCAUUCCACCCUGAUGAUCCAAUAUCAAAACAGGCGGCCGAAUAUAUUCAGCUUUCCACUGAUGUGCUCUCCCGACUGGACAGUAGUGAAAGCAUGAACACCAUGCAUUUACAGACAUGGGUUGACACAGAUCGCAUUCAUAAUUGA